AGCGAUCCUUCUGCGCGGCAAUGUUUUUGGGUGGCAACGUGCGGCGAUCGGUACGAACUACUCGCCGUCGGGAAAGGAGGGGCGACACUCUAAGAAGCAAAUCUCGAAAAUAGAGCCCUACGACGACGGUUCAACCUAUUAUAAAGUGAACUUGUUUCGGUCGGAUGUUUUCAGUGCAAAUUUGUACGUCUAGCAUUUAGUAGCGCGGGCUCGUGCAGUGAAGUGAAGUUCGACUAAUUCCCUUGUAGCGGUGCAGCAGCGUAUCCAGUUUGCUUCACGCGUGUGUUUUUUAUGAGAGGCCCCGUGUCUGUGCGGGCAGGACGAAUUUGUUGUGUGAUAAUGCGUGAUGCAUGAGCGUGACAUUUUUUAAGAGAACGUACGCAGGAAAAAAAUGAACCACAGUGAAGAGGCCAAAUAUUUCAAACGAAAGUGAAUCAUUUACGUACUAUUGUGUCUGGUUUCGAUGCAAUUUUUAUGCUGAAAGUAUUGUGCAAUGCAACAUACGCACUCAUGAUCAAGUGAAACAGUGAUAAAUUUGGAACGAAAAAAAACUCUUACAUCAACUACCAGAUCCAGUAGAAACUGACCCAGAUCGCUGCUGCUACUGACCUGCUGCCGAACCUGUCAUCUUCCUUCUGAACAUCCUGAUCAUCUCGCUGGGCACCUCAUAAUGCCACCGUUAGCGACAUGCUUUCUCCUGUUCCUUUUGGUUCUUGCCUACCAUAGUGGCGUAUCGGCGAAAGGAAUCAAGCAGAAGCGCCUCGUCAUCGAUCUGAGAGAUCCUUUGCUGACCGUCACCGAUCCCUCCGUUUAUUUUCCCCGCUCGACCGUACCGUCCACCUAUACGUCACCGUCGACCUUCUACGGUUCGUCACACUCCGCCAUCGCACCGUACAGCCAUGGACAUUCGCGGGUAGUGUCACCCCUCAAACCGACGACACUCUUCAAUGAGAACCUGUUCCAGUACUCCAACUACGGGUCACCGUUUCCCUUCCUGACCGGGAACCAUCUUAGCUUGGGCGAUGAGGAAACAUACAUCGCUGACGGUCGCAUCCUCAAACAGUACGCCGUGAUGGAGUUCCAUGCCGAGGAACAGGCACGGAACCAAUACCAUCAGCAGCAGCUAUUGCACGGUUCCGGUGCGUUCCGGACGCCUGCCGGCACACCGUACCCGACAACCACCUACUUCAGCAAGUUCCCCACGACGUACGAUCCACUGUACGGUUCAACCUUUGCCCAACCGCUGCCCCAGCUGCCGCCGGUACUGGAUAGCUUCAAUCCACGGUUCGGUGUACAGCAUGAGCAUCAGCGAUCACCACUGCUGACUAAAAACCACGGUCCGAUCGCACUUGGGUCCGGUUCGCUCGGCUACAUACACGGUCCAAACGGCGUCACGGUUGGGUCCGGAUCGCUUGGCUACAUUAGCCACCAGCAGCACCGGGAAACGUUGGCCGAACUGAUCGAGCGAAAAAAAUCCAAACACCUUCCGAGCCCGCUGACCUUUGGCCAUAAUCAUAACUGAACCGCGUGCACGCUUCGGGACAGCAUUUUCGCGAAGCGAUAUCGAUCGAACCAUGCUUCAGCAAAAAAAAAAAAAAAAAAACAUCAGCGUAACCGUUAGGCUGUCGCCGGUCGCCGGGUGCGCAGUGCGCCAUACGAUGAUUGUUGACUAAGAAUGUGUAUCAUUACGUACGAUAGGUGUGUACAGCGAAGGGCACGGAAGGUUUAAUGUAAAUACGAACGAACGAGCGGCGUUACCAUGAUUCCUAUUGCGACGCGGAGCGUGCAAACAGACGCCGUUUCACUGUUAGUGGCGAAUGAUUAUCUUUUCGUUGUUAAUAAAGUGUAAACUAAACUAUUUAAACUUAGCUAUAUGCACGAUUUUGUUUCCAUUUUUGUUCCGAUUGGGUCAGUUUGUGGUGAGUAUAAAACAUUUCAACUUUACAGAUCUGAUAAAAGUUAAAUUAAUUAAAUUCUCUAUUCUAAACGGAU